AUAACUACCGAGACAUUAGAGGAUUGCAAUAAAUUUACGUUAAAACAUUUAGAUUUGUAUUGUUUAUAUUGAUUUCAACAAUGUGGAAACUAUGAGAAAUAAUGAGUUACACUACAGGAAAGGACUCAUUUGGUGUAAGUUUGUGGGAGACAGCAUUAAGUAAAGCUAUAAAGAUUGUAACAAAGGCGACAGAAGAAGAUAAAAAGGAAAAUUAUGAGGAAGCCUUAAAGCUGUAUGAGGAGGCAGCUGGUCUUUUCUGUCGUGCAAUCAAAUAUGAAGCACAGAAUGAUAAAGCAAAAGAGAGUAUAAGAGUAAAGUGUAUCCAAUACAUAGAGAGAGCUGAAAAGCUGAGAAAAUACCUCAACUCAGAGAAAAAACCGUCAAAGGGUGAAGAUGAAGAAGAAGGUGUCUUGUCAGCAAACUUAAAACAACUGCAGAUAGAUGUAUUAAGAUCAGAAAAAAGGAAAAAUAAGGCUGGAAUCUAGAAGAUCCAAGAAGAGACAAAGAAAUUGAAAAGAGGAAGUGAAUAAAUUGAAAGUGGAAAGAGAUUUGUAUAAGGUUAAAAGUGACUAUUACCAGUUAAAACUUCAGAA